AUGCAUGAGUCCUCACCUCUCAACAAACCAUCGGCUCCAAAACGUAAGCCCAAGGACACUCAGUUUGCACCCUCUCCUAAAAAGUCCAAGCUUACCUCUAGUUCUAAGGAUUCUGUGUUGCUUGUUGAUCCAUCAUCUAUUCAAUACUUUGUUGAUGCUACCAAGGCCUCGCAUUAUCAGCGGUGGUUUGUUGUGCGAGACGUGUGGCCUGAGUAUACUGUUGUUUUAGAGGAUUUUCCUGAGUUAGUUGAACUUUUACAGUCUAGACAAUGGGUUAAUACCGUGUCUAAAUUGGUGUCUCCUCAUCCCAGUCUCAUUAGGGAAUUUUAUGCUAAUUUAGAUAAGUCAGUUAUCGAUGGGAAAAAUGAGGAUUGUCUUACUGCAUUUGUAAGGGGUAAUUGUAUCAAAUUUGCACCGUCCACAAUAUCUCGUGCACUAAAGGUUCCAAAAGUUCUUAAACCUGAAUAUAAUAAAUCAUACCGUCCAGAUCAAUCUACCAUGGGUCAUGUUUUAACUGGCCAGCCUGAUUAUGUGUGGGGGAAUCAUGAGAUUCCUGUGACUAAAUUGACUCCUUUCUAUCGGGUUCUUCAUCGUGUGGCUCUGUAUAAUUGGUUUCCCAAUUCUCACCUUUCAUCUAUUACCCUUGAGAUUGGGAAGUUUUUAUAUGCUGUGGGUACUGGCGUGUCUAUUGAUUUGGCUACUCUCAUUUAUGAUCGCAUUGUUGAUGUCGCCUCCUCUACCAGUACUCGUAACAAGUUUCCCUUUCCGAGCCUGAUUCAGCAGCUUAUUCAGCCUGCUAAACCACCGCUGACCACUCAUGACUUCCAGGUUCCCAAUCCUAUUUUGUGUAAAGGAUUUCUGGCUACUCUCAACAAGAAGGUCUCCUCCACUACUCCUUCUUCUUCGCAGUCAUCUACGCUCAAACCUCCUAUGUUUAAAGGUCUGUCGGAUUCUAGUUGGCAAGUCUAG